AUGACACAGCGACCAGCCGUCCCGCCACCGGAGGGGCAGAGUUCUAACUUUGCACAUCCUAAAGAUGUCUUGCACACAGUGAAUCUCGCGACUCAACUGUUGUGUAUUGUGGUCGUCACGAUAUUCGUGGUUAUACGGAUAUGGAUCAAAGCCCAAUAUCAUCGAAACCUCAAUGCAGAAGACUAUUUGACAGUUGCUGGAUGGGCGUUAUUUAUGGGGUUUUGCGCAUGCAUGCUUAUACUCAAUUCCUACGGUGGUGGAUAUAAUGCUUGGGAUGUCCCUGAAACCGAGUUCAUCAAGUUCCAAAAAGCUUCAUACGCAACUACGCUGAUUUAUGUUCCGAUGGUUUUCAUCAUCAAGGUCGCGCUGCUAGCUGUCAUGGGAAGAGUUUUCGCUCCACAUCGCCGGAAGAUUAAAGUCAUCUACAUCAGCAUUGUCAUCAUGCUGUGCUACUACAUUCCAGCACUAUUUAUCAAGAUCUUCUUCUGUGAACCUAUCUCAGCAUACUGGCUGGGUACACUCAACGGCGGCAAAUGUCUCGACCAGCGGAAGGUUAUUAUAGCCGACUCUGUUAUCAGCAUCGCUGGCGAUUUAUGGAUUUUAGUCUUGCCCGUCCCAUUGAUCUGGUCACUCCAGAUGACAUCGGCCAAAAAGAUGCGAGUCAUUGGAAUUUUGGGUGCUGGGGGACUUGCUACGGGCUUCAGUAUUUGGCGACUGGUGAUCAUGGUGGUGGAAAGCAACACGACGAACACAACAUGGUUUUGGAUUCACUGCGUUCUGACUGCUAACGCCGAAGCAGGUAUCGGUUUAAUCUGUGCCUGCCUACCUGCGAUGAACCAUUUCUUCACCGCUGUGAAAAACAUGCGAAGCAACACCAACAAUACCGAUUGUUCUAAAAGCCAUGAGCUGGGAAGCUGGCAAAUGCAUUCCGGUCGCUCUGCUGCCCAACGAACUCCCGAAAACUUCUUCCUGCCUAGCCAAAACGAUCAAGCACAUCUUAUCUCCACUGCUGCUGGUCCCGAACACCGCCAGAACUCCAUUUCUAGUGUACGCUCUGAGCCAACUAGCACCAAACUGGAUGGAAUCAGCAGGAACGUCACUGUAUCGCAAGUAUUUGAGAUCGUGAGAUAA